CUAGGCGACACGAUGUGCGUGUGUGCGGAACCGGCCGGCAUCUUCUGCGUGUGCGCUAAUGCCGGCUGAUUCGUCCACGUGAACCCGUUCCCCAACAUAACAUUCCCAACACACGUACAAUACACAACUGAAAACAGUGUUUAUUUUCUACGUCGCAGCAACGAUACCGAUCCAACUUUAACUCGCCCAAAUCAUAGCACGCCGUCAUAACAAUCAACCCGCGAUAUUAUUCAAUUUGUCUAGCACGUCAAUCGGUUAAAUUAAUCAGUUUCGUGUAGAAAAAUCCGCGCAGAUAAGACGCGAUGGCGAAAACAUCGUUCGACUCAUUCAGAGAUCUCGACUUGACCCGUGACGAGAUCGAUCGCAUCGGCGAGGCGCUAAAAGACAAAGAAUUCCGCAAGUUGUUUAGUGACUACGUGACCGAAGUGAACGAUCCAGAAAACCGGCGUAUUUUCGAAAAGGAGCUGACACAAUUGGAACGCGAGCGCGGAGUAGAUGUUACGUUCAUCAACCCCCAACCCGGUUAUGUCAUCAAGACAAGUGUGAAUGGAAGUAAAAAAGCCUUUGUCAACGUGUGCUCCAGUGAACGAAUUGGUCAGCCUUCGUCGAAGCCAACGUAUCAGGACGGUGCUAAGGGAUUGCAGUGGACUCUGCCGCAUUCGUUGGCACCUCCUCGUGAAGACAUCGACAACAAGAAGAUUGUUUGUCAGGUAUUUGAUGUGGUUUUUCAUCCUGAUACAUUGCAUCUUGCACUGAAAAAUCCAGCAUUUAAGAAUAUGGUCAAUAAGACUGCAUGUGAUGCAGUUGAGAAUAACUUUGACUGUAAAUUGGAUAUGAAAAACUUGAAAUUUCCAAAUUUGAAGUUCAAGGGCAUUGCAAGACCCACCAUUAUUAGGAAACAAAUUGACAACCAUCAGAAUAAGAGUACAAGUGAAGAAAGUGAAAUAAUGAACAAAAUUUUUGAGCAAAUGCCUAAAGUUGCUGAAGCACCUAAGGCUAAACCCUCAAGGCCCAGAAAAAAUUCCACUGAAGAAAAGUCCAAAUAUACAACACCCAAAUAUGAAAUCAAACAUAGAAGUCACAUUGAACUUGAAAACUUUACCUAUGAUAGAUCUGCCAAAAUGAAUUCCGCCAUUCCCAAGGAGUUGGUGGUAGAAAUAUGUCUGCCUUUGUUAAAGGCAGCCACAGAUAUUGAUCUGGAUGUUACUGAAAAGACAGUACAACUUAAAAGUGAGACACCAGCCAAGUACAAACUUUCCAUUACAUUACCAUACAAAGUACAGGAGGCAUCUGGCAAUGCAAAAUUUGACAAGGAUACCAAGAAACUGAUUGUCACCCUACCCGUGAAGAGGAAUACCAGGAUAAUUAAUGAUUAUGCGAGAGAAGAUAGCGGUGUGGAGAGUGAUCAUGGAUCAAUCUCACCACCAAGGGAAAAGGUAUCCACGCCGCCUCCUGAAGUUGAAAAGACUGCCUUUUUAGAUUCUUCAAUUGAAUACACUUUACCUGAAUAUACAUGCCACCUUUGUGAGAAUCUAAUAUUUACUCUGUCGGUGAAAAACGUACAUGAGAGCACCAUCGAAAAAAUAUUCAACGACGCUAACACCGCCCUUCACUUGAAAUUUACGAGCAUUAGUGCGGGUCACUUUCCAGCUCAUUACGCUUUCUAUGUUAAGCUGCCUGCCCAUUUCGUCAAUCCUGAGGCGACUACAAUUGAAACAUGGGACAACAAUGUCGUGGUACAAAUUGCUUUUACUCCUUGCAAUAAGGAACUCACCUCUUAUUUGGUGGGUGUUUGCGAGGAUAGUUUAGAAGAAAAAUCUGUUGAUGGGAAGCAGCUCAUCGCACCGGAAUUGGAUGUGGACGAUGACCCGGACGAUGAGCAACAUGAUUCUGAAGAGGAACGACAACGUCCGACUAUUGACAGAGCAGUAACAAAACCUCAAGUACAAAAAGCGAAUAAAAUUGUCGACACCGUGGAUUUGAAUCCAGAACCCAAGACAAAGGCGAUUGAUAUUAUGGGUUCUUAUUCCGAAUCGUCCGGGGACGACAUGAGCUGUAAUAGUUACAGUCCCAAGUACAAAGGGAUCUUGAAGAGAAUGUCUGUCUCUUCCAGGAGCUCCGUUAGCCGCAGUAUUUCCGAAUCCAGCAUUGAUGAUUUUACUUGGACAUCUUCGUUCGAGAAUUGUUACUCGGUUAGCCAAGACUCUGUCAUCCAUGAGGAGGAAGGUGAACCAUCGACCAGUUUGAAGAAAACCGUCCGUUUUAAUAAUCACGUGCUACGGCAACUUUUUAGAUCGAAUUCAAGUAUUUUGGGACAAAAGAAGAAGAACCUUAGGAAGAAUCGCAAUAAAAAGCGCGCAAAUGAGCGUCGUCAUAGUGAGAGCGAAGUGUCCGAGGGUGAGAAGGAGAGAGAAUCGAAGACUAACAGCUUUAAGAAGCAAUCCUCAGAUAUGGACAACAAUAAUCCAGAGGAAAGCAAGAAGGAUGAAAACAUUUUCCCCAUUGAUAUCUAAUGCAUGUUGAUCCAGUGCUUCAUAAAUCAUGUAUCAAAACUUAAUCUUUUUGUUUAGCGUAGUUCCUAGCGAGUAAUACCAGUGAUUUAGUAUUCACUUGGCACACAGAAACAUCAUUUUUUCAUCUACAUUACAAAUAUGAAAAUAAUUUAAGUAUUACUUUCAGUAUGGUGCAGAAUGCAUGUUUCUAUAGUGUUAGGUGUUUGUUCAAACAAUUGCUUUCUUUUUGUGAUACCAAAUUGCGUGCUAUAAAUUUGGUCAGAGUUAACAUUACAUUGUUUACUUCACGUUUACUUUACUAUGGGGACUCUGUAAUAUGAAUCCGGUGAUUAAUUGAAUAGUAGUUAAGCGAAAGAUAACACUUUUAUAACUUGAUACUUCUUUAUACACAGAAUAACACAACCAUUAUACAAAUGUUCUUAAUGAAUGUAUAUUGAUCAAUUUUUUUCUGUGAGAAAUAUAGGUGAUACGAAGUACUAAUAAACAAAAGUAUAAAAUGUUAAA